UGCGUGUACACAGCAUGAACUCAUGAUGGAGCACAAUGGCGGGGAAGAAGCUGAAGUUUAAUGAUUGAUGUUAAAGAUUAUAUACACAGGAGUUUCGCAGUUGGCGCAAGUGUUGGACUCGGCUAGCGUGCAUAUCAUCAUGUCUUUAACACGAAUGAUAAACAGACUGCGAGGAUCUGUGCACUGGAAACAAGGCUUUGAGUGCUUGGGAGCCAGUGGCACUCAUGCACACAGCAAGAGAUUGCAGCACACUUCAACACAUGCAACUUCAUGCAACUAUCAACUGCUGCAUGACUGCUUAGAGCUCAACUAUUGUGGUCUUGUAAUGCACUUUGACUAUGUGUGGCUGAGAGACCACUGCCGCUCGGCUUCAUGCUACAACUCGAAAACGAACCAGCGUAACCUGGACACUGCCAGCAUUGAGCUGAACAUCAGACCUUCAAAGAGCAGAGUGGAUGAAGACUACCUCUUCCUCACAUGGCCAGAUGGUCAUGUAACACGCUACAAACUAGCUUGGCUGGCUCAGAACAGCUAUGAGGGCCAGAAGAGAAGUUCGGUACAACCUCGUAUCCUGUGGAACGAAAAUAUCUACACCAACGCUAAGGUGCCCUCUGCCAGCUGGGACAAGUUCAUGAGCUGUGACGAAGAGCUAAAGAACUUCCUCAACAACUUCCUGCUUUAUGGAAUUGCCUUUGUUGAAGGUGUCCCAGCGACCCUGGAAGCUACAGAAAGAGCAAGCCAAAGAGUGAGCCUCAUCAGGGAGACCAUGUACGGGCGGAUGUGGAAUUUCACUUCAGAUUUCUCUCGUGGAGACACAGCCUAUACAAAGCUGGCACUGGACCGCCACACCGAUACGUCAUACUUUCAAGAACCCUGCGGCAUCCAGGUGUUUCACUGUCUGAGGCAUGAGGGUACGGGCGGCAGAACUCUGCUGGUUGACGGCUUUCACGCUGCAGACAGGGUCUUCCAGCAGACCCCGGAGAACUUUGAGCUGCUCUCUCGUGUGCCGAUCAAACAUGAAUAUAUCGAGAAUCUCAGUGAACAUUGCAACCACAUGAUCGGAAUCGGCCCGGUGCUCAAUGUUUAUCCGUGGAACAAUGAGGUGUACAUGAUUCGGUAUAAUAACUACGACCGUUCUGUGAUUAACACAGUCCCUCAUGACGUGGUGCAGCGCUGGUAUGCAGCUCACAGACAGCUCACCACAGAGCUGAGGAGACCAGAGAAUGAGCUGUGGGUCAAACUCAAACCUGGCAAGGUCCUGUUCAUUGAUAACUGGCGUGUGCUGCAUGGCAGAGAGUCCUUCACUGGUCUGCGGCAGUUAUGCGGGUGUUACCUGACCCGAGAUGAUGUUGUGAACACCGCUCGCUCUCUGGGUCUCCAGGCCUAAGACCCAGAUUCAGCAUCCGCAGAAUUCAAACACCUGUCAUUUUUUUUUGCAUAUGGGAAGUCAACAUGAAAUCAGAAUUCACCCAAUUUAAUUUCUUAAUACACAUUCAUGGACUUAUUGUGCACGAUUCAUAAGUGCACGUUAUUCCAAAGAAAAAUAACGUUACUACUAAAGUUUUUAAAUAAAUUAACUACUUUCUUUUCUUUCUUUCCUCUAUUGAUAAAUGUCAACCAAAAGGCAAAUAGCUAUUUAUGCGUUGUUGUAGUCAGUGUAGCCUUUCUUAAAUCUUGCCAAUAGUUAACGCAGUAAGUUAAUGUAGUGGUGGAAGGUCUGAUUCAUUUCCGUGAACCAGCUCUUUCGAAGUUUUACGGUUUGUUUCAGUGAACCGUAAAAAAAAACAUUAUUUAGCAGUUAUUUUACGUCAUCACGUAAUGUCGUCACUAGAAUGUAAUUCUAACAUCCCAGCAUCAUUUAUACAUAACUCAAAACAUUCAAAUAAAGCCAUAUGUAAGCACAUUUGCAGAUUAUUACUAAUUUAAUGGCAUUUAAAAUGAAUGUAAUAAAGGUUAUAGAAAUUAUAGCAGUAGAUUUGAAAAAGAAGUGUUACCUUUGGGAAACAUAGAGAAUCCAAUCAAUUCCUGAUGGAUAAAAUCAAGUCCUACCUUACAUUUUUCUUGUUGAAUAUUCUUUUUUACUCAGAAAUACAGUAUGUCACAUUACAGAAGUAAAAUGGGUUACCAAUGCAAUUUCAUGUUGACUUUAAAGCCAUUCCAAGAAAAUGUGAAAAAGUAUGCAGACCGGGCCCUUCUAUCACCAAAAGCUUGUUCUCUCUUAAGAGCGGUAAGUGAGGACAAGACUUUAUUGUAGUCUCACACUCUUCUCAACAGAGAGAUAUGCAGCACACUGCACACCCCAACACAAAAUCACUUUUCGAAUUUGAUUUUAUAAAAAUAUGCACAAGACACUGCAGGUUCAUGGUACAGGAUGGCUCAUGAAUAGCAUUUAAUUGUACGAUUAAGGCAGCAUGGCUUUGAAAUUCUUCUGUGUUCUGCAAGACAACUUAAUAUCUGUACUGUGUGUGUCCUUGGCUGUCUGCUUUAAAGCAUUGAAGAUGAAAUUCAGAUGAACUUCAUAACUUUUAAUUAUGUCAACUAAUAGAAUUUGUUUUAGAGGAUGUAUCUUUUAAUACGUAAUGUUUUAUUUCCAAGCUAAACCAAAUAAUAGUAAUGAAGUGUAUCAUUCAGAUUUCAUUUUUCAGAAAUAGGAAAUGUUGGUGAGAAAAUGGCGAUGGAAAUGCAUGUUUUCAUCUUAAGGAUGAUUUGCUAGAACUUCUGAUGAAGAAUAACAGUCAAAUUAAAACAAGCACACUGACAUUGUCAUACUUGAUCACAAUGAAAGGAUAUAUACUGUAGAAUUAUUAUGGCAGUAAAGCCUUUGUUUCACUUUAAACUUUGAAGAAUGAUGUCUGAAUCGGGUUAAAAUCAUUGUAAAUGCAGGGUAUACUUAUGGGUUGGUACAUUAACAGUGAUAUGGUAAUGUGUAGCUGAGAAAAUGGGUUUGUUAGGAUCUGGCUGCAAGUCACACAAUAUUGCCUAUAUACUGUAUUGCGUUAAUCUUGGGGAGAUUUAUUUUAUAUUUUUAUGUGUAGCAUUUUAACAUCCUGUAUUUGAAAAUCUUCUUAAAUGAUUGUAUGCACAAAAAUACCAAUGUUACCUCCAAAAAAUAAAUGGAAUUCCUCACA